CUGCGACGCACUCUAUAGCGGUAAUGGCUGUUGUCGUGCUUCCUUAUAUCUCGUCUCACCCGUUGCUGCUAGUCCAAACCUUCUUCUUUUUCCCACCCUGAGUGCUAGCCAUAUACCCUGCGCAAACUCACUUCUUUUGACACCGCAUGACUGGGAAUGUUUGGAUUAUUACCCCAACACGUCCAUGGUUCUCGAAUAUCGAAAGCCAUGGCAAUGGUCGAAACUAUCUUACAUCAAACAAAAGAUUGUCCCCAACGAUCAACUUGUCAUGAGAAUGAUGCUGGCCAUCUCUGCGAGCGAAAUCCACCAAAGGAAGCGCGAUGAGAUAACGGCUAAUGGAACCUCAAGUGAUAUUGGAUUGGCCCACUAUAGCCUCGCUGUUAAGGACUUGUCAAUGUCCCUCGCACAAAAGUCCUACGGCAAUGAAAAGCAGCGGCUGGAAUCAUUAUUACCCGCACUGUUCUUUAUGAUCGAGUACGAAGUCAGAUUCGGCUACUCACGGCGUCAUCUCCGUCUGCAUCUUGAAGGCGUGAGGUCAUUAUAUAAUUCUUACGAAAGUAUGCUACUGAAUACAGCCUUGGAGAAUGGCGAGCAGCACCAAACUGGAACGAGAUGGGGUGGCCAAGUCGAUGAUGGGCUAUCUUUCCUUUCUUCCCAAAUCCUUUUAUGGAUCUCAUACCUCGAUGUCAUUGGAGGCCAGGGCCUCUGCUCUCGGAGUCUCAUGACGAGAAUGUCCGAGUCGGCUGUCCCGCAGCUGAAAAUUGAACUCCUCUAUCGGAAGUCUCGGUUGGCUGGCCGCCAUAUCUGGGCAGGUGAAUACCCUGAAAAUGAAGUGCUGGACGACAUAGAGAAUUACCGUCCUUUGGAGCUGCUUCAUUUAAACAAUCUUUUACGUUCCAGAAUUUGGCAGCUAGGGGUGUCGAGGUCUGAAGGGCAGCAAACUGAAGACUCACCUGAGAUGUUGAUGGAAGACCUCACGAAAAUUGCAGAUAAGUACCAAGACAUCCUCAUGACCGCCAGCCUGCCUGCUACGGGACAAACCCGCCGCGUCUUCCACACAAUGCGCUGUGCAGCAUCAUCCUACUGGGCCCAGAUUUUGUUCUACUAUCGAAUGUUCGAUUGCAGUCAGACACAAACUCAGGUAGCGAUAAAUAAUAUAUUGCAAAUCACACGAACGGAUUAUGAACGGGGCAGACGCUUUCUCGCUCCGCACACCUGGGCCCUUUUGAUGGCUGGUUUACAAACGAGGGAUACGGCAUGCCGCGCUUGGAUUCUUGCCAGAAUUCAGGAUUUGAGCGGCCUGCAUAGUGAGAGUCCAUUGGUGACCGAAGCGCUGCAGGAUGCGAUGAGAUCAGGGAAGACCGACACAUUGGAUUUAAUGACGCUCUUUCGGUCUGGAUGUGGUUGA